GAAUGGAGCAGUUUUACCCCUUGCUCCAUAACCCUAAAUAUAGUACUGUAUUUCAAUAUCAGUUUUUAAGAUUUUUGAAAACAUAGGACAGUUCAGAGUAUCACCUGUCCAUAGCUAUUUAGUUUUGCAUGAAGAAGACAUGAAGGUGUAAUACAAACCUCUCCAGAUGGCAGAGGCAUCUGAUUCCUCCCAUGAGCUUGAGGUGGAGACGAGUACCCCAAAAGACAGUGACUCCUCUUUGCUCAACAACAGCAACAAGAGAGAUCGGAAUGUCAAAAAAGAUGACUCUGGGAUAUCCAGUGAAAGAUUAGAAAAUUCAGAUGAUGAAGGCAACAAGAAAUUAAAGUCAGAGGGGGAAAAGAAAAGUGGAGAGUCUUCAGGCAUCUCAAUUGUCAAGACUGGGAAGACUUGUCGCCUGAGAAACUACAGACCAAGAUUGCUUGAGUCAAGUUCAAAUGAUAGUGGGGAUGAUGAUGAUGAUGACAGUACCUUGCGUGCAAGCAACAAUGAAGAUAAAAAGUCUGACACAGCUUUGACACGGAGAAACAAUGUGACUAUAACUUCAGCAUCAGAAAUGGAGGACACAAGCGCAGAUACAAGUCGUGACACUGAGACAGAUCACAUGGAGCCUACUAGUCCAUCAGCAAUGGAGACUGGAAGUGCUGCAAGUGGAAACACUGAGGAUGAUAACACAGAUGACUCUCCACCAAUGGAACGUCGCAUUGAGCGACGUUUCAGCAGCCAAAGAAUAUUUGGUGGACUUCUGUCAGAUACAGAUUCUGACUCGGAUGAUGGUGGGCGUCGCAGGGGCCUCCAGGAUGGCAUAGAGAAUGAAACACAGUGGAAGGACACAGAAGAAGCUAUUGCCAAAGAAAUGACGAGAAUUAAGGAACGGCCUAAACCAAAACACCAUUGGAAUUUUGUAGAUCAAGUUGUACAGAGGCAGUUAGGUAGUCGAGCAAGGUACCAAUCCUCAGUGUUAUUUAGUCACCACUACUAUGACUCGCUCCAUGUACCUAAGCGCCUUGAACUCAUGUACAAGAUGGAGUUCCACAGGGGGUGCGUUAAUGCCCUAAGCUUCAAUGCGAGUGGCACCAGGCUUGCUAGUGGCUCUGAUGAUUUCCAGAUUGCCAUUUGGGAUUGGGCUCGAGAGAAAGCCAUAAUCACAUUUUACAGUGGACAUAGGAAUAAUGUGUUCCAGAGUAAGUUCCUGCCACUGAGUGGUGACACACACAUUGUAUCCUGUGCAAGGGAUGGACAAGUUCGUUUGGCUGAGUUGUCCUCCACUGGCGUGUGCAAGGCCACCAGAAAAUUAGCCAAGCAUCAUGGCCCAGCACAUAAGCUUGCCACCCUUCCUACCUCCCCACAUGUUGUUUUAUCUGCUGGAGAAGAUGCUGUUGUACUUAACAUUGAUAUUCGUCAGGAACAGCCUAGCAGGGUGGCAUUUGUGAAGGAUAUCUCUGGUAGCCGUGUGUCUCUCUACAGCAUCCAUGCUCAUCCAAUCAAUGAAAAUCAGUUUUGUGUUAGUGGGCACGAUCAAUAUGUUCGAGUAUAUGACCGACGUUGUGGGAAUCUUGACUUCCCAGCUUUGAAGUUCUGUCCAAGACAUUUG